AUGAAGUGUUUCCUUCCGAUUUUCCUGUCUGCUGUAGCGCUGGCGCAAGGCGCGAAUAUCCGUAACGGCUCAUCAGCCCGACCGCAACGUCGCCAAGAUUACCUCGAUGGGACCUACGAGGCCAAUGCCCGGGUGAUGCCCGAGAUGUGCCCCAGCUCGGGUGCCUGCUCGAUGACUGACCGUGGAUGGCCGUCUAAAGGGUUUUCCUGCCCCCCGAAAGCGGACUCGUAUGGCGUCACCGAUUAUUCGUUCCUCACCGCCCAGGACACUGCCAUGGUGUAUGGUGGGGGAGACGAGAUUGAGGCGAAGGAUUGGCCCAAGUCCUGCUCCCUGCCUCCCAAAGGAUCGAAGAUGAUGAGAUAUUCCAACGGGGCCUGGAGCGCAAUCUACUCGAUAAAGCCGACCUGCAACUGCCCAGAGGGCGUUCAGCCCAAAUGUACCAGAGCCAAUGGGCUCUCUAAAGAGACCUGCAAUAUCGCUGUCCUCACGUUUUGCGAGAUGCGCUCCGGCUCAGACAUUUGUUCGCCGAAAUGA